AGCUGCCCUCGCUUCCCACCCAGGGACACUGAGCCCUCCGCACCCGCAGAGCUGGCGGGGUCGCAGGGCUAGGUCUCCGCCGACGGCCCUCCCCAGGCGAGCCUUCUCCGGCCUGGGGCAGCAGAGCGGAAGAGGAGGGGGAGGCCGACCGCCCGGAGAAGACAGCGGUCCACGGUCCGCGGCCCGGCGGAGAGCCGGCCUCCUUUCUGCGCAGGCGCGCCGCCCAGAGCGGGCGGGGCGGGGCCUGGACGGGUCGAGGGGCGGGGUCAGAUCCCGGGCCCGCCUCCACGAGCUCCUGUGAGCCACCGAGUGCUGGGCACCCCAGCUAUUCUAGGGGCUUCAGUCAGAGGCGCCGCCCGAGAGACCCUGGGCCGGCGCCGGGCGCAGCUGCCUCUCCGCGUUUGCCUGUCCGUCUUUGUGUCUGUCUCUGUGUCUGUCUGGCUGUGCCCGAACUUGCCUCCACCUCUAAAACUAAGCCUCCGGACACCCCGGCAUCCCGCGAACUCUCGCCCCUCUCCCAUGGCAGGCUACUUGUCCCCCAAAGGGCACGCCCCUUCACCCCCACCUCCUUACCCUGUGACCGCUGGGUAUCCGGAGCCGGCGCUGCAUCCCGGGCCCGGGCCGGCGCCAGUGCCCGCCCACGUACCCGCCCCUGCGCCCGGCUUCUCUCUCUUCCCCUCGCCCGGUCCGGGAGCCCCGGGGCCUGGUGUCCCGUUCUUGCCAUUGCCGGGGGUGCCUUCUGGCCUCGAAUUCCUGGUGCAGAUCGAUCAGAUCUUGAUUCACCAGAAGGCUGAGCGAGUGGAAACGUUCCUAGGCUGGGAGACGUGUAACCGGUAUGAGCUGCGUUCGGGGGCCGGACAGCCCGUGGGUCAGGCGGCCGAGGAGAGCAACUGCUGCGCGCGUCUGUGCUGCGGCGCCCGCCGGCCCCUGCGUGUCCGCGUGGUGGACGCGGGAGAUCGGGAGGUGCUCCGCCUGCUCCGCCCCCUCCACUGUGGCUGUGGCUGCUGCCCCUGCGGCCUCCAGGAGAUGGAAGUCCAGGCUCCCCCUGGCACUACCAUUGGCCACGUGUUACAGACCUGGCACCCCUUCCUCCCCAAGUUCUCCAUCCAGGAUGCGGACCGCCGCACGGUCCUGCGCGUGGUGGGGCCCUGCUGGACCUGUGGCUGUGGCACGGACACCAACUUUGAGGUGAAGACCCCGGAUGAAUCCCGCAGCGUAGGCCGCAUCAGCAAGCAGUGGGGGGGGCUGCUCCGAGAGGCCCUCACAGAUGCGGAUGACUUUGGCCUGCAGUUCCCCCUGGAUCUGGACGUGCGGGUGAAGGCAGUGCUGCUGGGAGCCACAUUCCUCAUCGACUACAUGUUCUUCGAGAAGCGAGGAGGCGCUGGGCCCUCGGCCAUCACCAGUUAGAGGCCACCUCGGGGUGAGGAGACCAUCACCUCAACCGGGAUCCAAGAUGGCGGCCUGUCCCAGCCCCUCCUCAGAGGCACCCCCUUCCCUUGAUGUGCACUGCAGGGGAAGACAGGGAUGCCUGAUAGUUUAGGGGCCACAGUGCCCUACCCCUACCCUAAUUCCCUGGCCUCCUUCACCUUGGACCCCAGAGAAGGGUAUGUAGGAGAGCCCUUCCCUCGCGACCUCCCACCACUGGCGAGCCCCCAGCACACAGGCAUAUCGGCUUUCAGACUCUCCCUCCCCUCCCCUUCCUCUCCUCCCCUGUCAGGCCUCUGCUCCAGACAUGGUCUGUGGAAUCCAGAGCCCUGGGGUUUUCUGACAGAGCUGGGAUGUGACAAGGGACGCACCACCAAAGAUGGCGGGUAUGACCACUCUCUCCCCACACCGGCUUGGCCAGUGAGUUCGGCCUCAGACUGUGGCCCUCUGCGGGGAUCCCCGCCUCCCCGUCAACAGCCUACCCUCCGGUGCCCACUUCCUUGCCACUCGGGCCCUGCCCACAGCUAGCGCUCACUGCAGCUCCCGUGCCUUACGCCAGCACCCCAUCCUCUCCCCAUCCUGGGAAGGAGGCUGCAUCUUUGUAUGUCAUAUUCAUAUAAACUUUGUAACUUUUUGGA